ACCGUGUCAGGGGGCUUCAUCCUGGGGUCGUGUCUGUCACCGGCUGAUGCUGCGGGGAAGUCCCGGGGACUGGGAAGCCGGUUCUUCCCGCCGGCCGUGCCAAGGAUCCGUCCUGCCGGCUGGGAGCAGGAGCCGGCCCCGGUUAAUCAUCACCCGGUGACCUCUGCCGCGCCGGGAGCAAAGUCCUGUGCCGGGGCCCAGCUCCGCCGCCCUGCGGCACCGGGGGGCGUUCACCGGCCGCGGACCCCCCGCCGCUGGCCGGGCCGGGGGCUGAGCAUGUUCCAGACCUUGUACAGCUACUUCUGGUGGGAACGGCUCUGGCUCCCGGCAAACCUCACCUGGGCCGACCUGGAGGACCGGGAUGGGCGAGUCUACGCCAAAGCCUCGGAUCUCUACAUCACCCUCCCCUUGGCCUUCCUCUUCCUCAUCGUCCGGCACCUCUUCGAGACGUACGUGGCCACCCCACUGGCCGGGCUGCUGAACGUCAAGGAGAAGAUCAGGUUAAAAGCCCCCCCCAACGCCGUGCUGGAGAAGUUUUACGCCGCCACCACCAAACACCCCAAGCAGGCCGACGUGGAGAUGCUCUCCAAGAAGAGCGGCUGCACGGUGCGGCAGGUGGAGCGCUGGUUUCGCCGCCGCCGCAACCAAGACCGGCCCAGCCUGCUCAAAAAGUUCAGGGAGGCCAGUUGGCGAUUCACGUUUUACCUUAUUGCUUUCAUUGCUGGCAUGGCUGUCAUAGUGGAUAAACCCUGGUUCUACGACCUCCGGGAGGUGUGGAAGGGAUACCCCAUCCAGAGCAUGCUGCCCUCCCAGUACUGGUACUACAUGAUCGAGCUUUCCUUCUACUGGUCCCUGCUCUUCAGCAUCGCCUCCGACGUCAAGCGCAAGGACUUCAAGGAACAAAUCAUCCACCACGUCGCCACCAUCAUCCUCAUCAGCUUCUCCUGGUUCGCCAACUACAUCCGCGCAGGGACGCUCAUCAUGGCCCUGCACGACUCGUCGGACUAUCUGCUGGAGUCCGCCAAGAUGUUUAACUAUGCCGGCUGGAGGAACACCUGCAACAACAUCUUCAUCGUCUUCGCCGCCGUCUUCAUCGUCACCCGCCUGGUCAUCCUGCCCUUUUGGAUCAUGCACUGCACGGUGGUUUAUCCGCUGGAUCUCUACCCUGCCUUCUUUGGCUACUACUUCUUCAACUUCAUGAUGGUGGUGCUGCAGUCGCUGCACAUCUUCUGGGCCUACCUCAUCAUCCGCAUGGCCCAGAAGUUUAUAACUGGAAAGGUGGUGGAGGACGAGAGGAGCGACCGUGAGGAGACGGACAACUCUGAGGAGGAGGAGGAAGCGGCGAAGAACGGGCCCCUCUCCAACGGCCACCCCGUCCUCAACAACAACCACCGCAAAACCGACUGAGCGCCCUCGCCCCGUCUCUGCGCUGGCGGGGGCGGCCGGGGGCCCCGCCGGAGGCCAAACCCGUGAGAUGCCCAAUCCCACCGCUGCCACCUCGCGCAGCGCCCAGGUCCCCAUCCCCUCCAUCCUCUUGCCCGGGACCCCGGAGAGCCCGUCUCGGCCCCCAGCCCCCUCCGUUGCCUCCUCCGGAGAGGGUCUGCGGCUGCGAGGGGACGGCAGCGUCGCUGCUUCCCCACCUCACGCUCACCCUCGGUGCCCUUCCUGCCUUUCACCUGCUGCCUUAAUCCAGCGCGGUGCCCCGGGACAGGCAGAGCGAGGAUGGGUCCCGCUGGCAUCGCUCCGGGAUGGCUCCUUCCCAGCCCCUCGCCAGGGCUCCAGCCUCCUGGUUCCCCGUUUCCCCACCAGCCCCUCGCCGGGGGGGCAGCGCAUCCUGCACUCACCUCUUCAAACACUGGGGAAAAAGCCCCUUCCCCACCCAGUGCCCAGCAGAGCGGUGGCAGCGCGGGCACAAUCCCAGCUCCAUCCCCGCUGGAGCGCGGGGAGGGAGGAGCGGGGCCAGCCCUGCGUGUUUGGUGGCCGAGUGUCACUUGGGAGUGCGGGAUGUCACUGUGGAAGUGCUGGCGGAGGGAGGCCGCGGGGUUUGGUCACGCCUCGGAGCAGUUUCAUCCCCUCGUUUCUCUCCUGUAAAUGGGUUUCGAGUCCCUCCCUCUCUGUGGCCUCUCCCGGUCCCUUCCCUGGCUGUAACAGGACAAAUUUGCAACUGAUUUUUUUUUUUUUUUUUUUCUUUUUUGGUUUCUAUUUAUUUGGAAGACAGAAGGAGCCAGGCUUGGCUCUGUCUCCUGCAUCCACCCGGGAUGCGGGGAGACCUCCCAGUGCGGAGGGGUGGGGGGAAAAGGACCAUUAACCAACGCCAGACCAAAACGUAUUUUGUUGUUUUUUUUGGUUUUUUUUUUUUCUAAAUAAAAGGUUAAAUAUAUUAAAAGUUAAAAAACUAAUAAACUUCGGUUAAAAAAAAAAAUACAGGGCUUGGGCAUCUUCUCUGGCUGCCACAGCAGCCCUGGCCCCCGUGGGGGGUCGGGGGUGAUCGCCUUGGCACAGCCCCCUCGAGCUCUCAUUUAGGCAGCGCUAAAAGUGGGUGGAUUUGAGGAUUUUUUUUGAUAUUUUUAUAUAUAUAUUUUUUUUUUCCCCUCCCCAAAAGCUCUCUCUGUCUUCAAACCCAGCCUGGAGCGUGGGCUUCGGUGGCCCGAGGAGCGGCCGCCCUCUGGGAUGACAAAGCUGCUAUUCAGGUGGACGCUAAGGAUGGAACUGGAGCUCGUGGAGGCCCUAGAAAGGUUUUGUUUUGUUUUUGUUUUGGUGUUUUUUUUUUUAAAAAAGGUUAUUUAGCAUGGCAAAAAAAGACUCCCUUGUGUGAGCGCAGGUUGCGGGCGCUGGGGUCAGUCUUGGGCGCCUGAGGGAUGGGGGGUGGCGGCUGGAACCUGUUCCAGCUCCCCCCAGGGCGGUGUUUUUGCAUUUCAGCCGCUGGGUGACGUGAGAUUUGAUUCCAGUUUGUUCAAAAAAAUAAUAAUCUGCCUCUUUUA